AUGGGCUCAGUCGAAAAAGUUCACGACAGUGCUCCCUUAUGGAACGGAGUACCUCAGCUCACCUUGAGGGGCUCAGCUUGGGAAAUAGGCCUGGCCCAUGGCAAGCAAAUUCCGAAUCGCAUCAAGACCAGCAUAGCAAAUUAUCAGCGGUUGUUCCUUGACCUCGCCGAGGCUGACUGGCCAGAGUCAGUGAGGCGAGCCGAGGAGUUUCUGCCAGCUUUGGAGCAGCAUGAGCCGGAGUUGGUCGAGGAGAUGAAGGGAAUAGCAACGGGCGCUGGAGUCGAUUUGGGUGAUAUCCUGGCCCUGAAUCUCCGCAGUGAGAUUUCAUUGACAAACUAUUCGGAUGGCUGCACAAGCAUUGUGACCAAAGACUCAUCCGGUAAGAACACCUUUGUCGCACAGAACUGGGACUGGGUUGAGGAAGCCGGGAUGGCAACCGCGUUCUUCGAUGUCCAGAAGACUGGAACACCGCGAAUACGCAUGCUCGGCGAGGCCGGAAUCUUGGCCAAGUUCGGUUUUAAUGACGCCGGCGUCGGCAUCUGUAUGAACGCUAUUAGAUGUGGCACCAUUGAUCGAAAUGCUCUGCCGGUGCAUCUUGCAAUGAGGCGGGUGUUGGAAUGCAAGUCCUUUGAUGAAGGCUUCGCCUUGUUGAAACAGAGAGGUCUCGCAUCCUGCGUGAACUUAGCCAUUGCGGAUCGGGGGGGAAAGUUCGCGACCAUCGAAUGCACGCCGAAGGGUCUGUGCCCAAUAUACCCAGAACCCGGAUCGUUGAGGACGUUCCACACGAAUCACCUCUGGUCACCAAAUGUUCCCCAUGGGAUCCGAGACCACCCGUCAGCAAACUCUUUCACGAGACUGGAGAGGAUCAAGGAGCUCAGCGAGAACCAAGAGCCAAGCGUCCAGAAGAUACGAGAAUGGCUUUCUGAUGAGCAGGGCGCUCCGACGUCAAUCUGUCGCUCAACUCCGCCCGGCGCCAAAGGCAUCGAGAGGAUGAUAACGCUGUCGACCAUCAUUAUUGAUCUGCAGGCCAGCAAGGCCGAGGUGUCUCUUGGGAAGCCGAGUCUUUCGCCGCCAGUGCUGACAUUGUCGAUGGAUUGA